CCAUGACUGGCGAUCGUCAAUUGGUCAGUUGCACGAUUGGUAGCAGUGAAUAACUGCCGCGCGCAUAACGUUCCUUUUUAAGGUUAUAUUUUUGUAUUCACUUAUGUGUAAACAAAGAGUAAAAACUAAUAAUGAGUUGUAUAAAGUUUCCUAGUACCAGUAAUGAUGUGACAAAGACAUCUAACAAAGAAGACGCAAAUGGUUACUUUUCAGUGAACUCUCAAUUAAUUGAUACAGCAAAUAAUGUAUUUGGUAAUAAUAAUUGGAGUCAUUCCAUUACAAAUCAAACUGUUGAUUUUGUAGACUACAUUGCAGGUAAAUAUCAUGCAGGUUGUGCCACUACAGUCAGAGUGCAGUUGGAAAAUGGUAUUUUUCACGAGGGCAUGGGGUAUAGUCAUCUGGAAGGAUCAUCAAAAGGAUCAGCUCUUCAGAAAGUUAGACUAGAUUCAUUCAAUAUGGCCCUAAAACAAGUAUUUUUGUGUUUUGGAAUUGAAUCAGCGAAAAAAUUGAAAUGCAGCAUUCCAGUUCGUACAAUAAGCCCUGUGCCAAAAGAAGAAGUCAUACCAAAGACCACAACUCAAAAGGAACGGAGUAUAUCUCCAGUUGUGCCACCUGUAAUUACGAAGAAUACUGAAGUAUUUGAUGAAGCUAUUUCUGUGUCUCAAACAGAUGCAUUAAUGGAUAUCGUUGAUCUUGAUCAGUUGUUUGAUAAAUCUCCCAAAUCAAGUAGCACAAACAAUACUGGAAAGGAUUUUGCGAAGACAAGCGUAUUUAAACCAAUUGCACCCUCAGGCGUUCUCGCGGUAAAAGACAAGAAUUCCAACAUUGUCGAUAGUAAAAAACUCGACGGCGUUAAAUCAAGUCUUCCUAUAAGCAGCAACAGUCAACAUGCAGACAAGGCGGCUCCUGGUUUGAAGAAAGAAAACAAAGAGAUACCAAAGCCUGUUGUGCAUACGGCCAUGACGGAGGAAGAAAUGAGAUUGGAGAGGAAACGCAAGCAGCGGGAGAUGCAGGAGGAAUUUAAAAGGAAACAGGAAUCCAAGAAAAUGCACGUGGACAGUGGAAGUAAGCCGCCACCGAAUCCGAGAUAUUGAUAUUUAUUUAUACAACUUAAUAUUUUAUUGUAAAUUAGAAAGGCUCGCGAAUGAGCGAAAUCUCGACAUAGAUAGAUUAUUCACAAAGUUUUAUUUAAUACGUUAAGUUUUAAUUCGCAUGAUGAACUCGAUGCAAGCACAUCAGCUAGACAUAAUUUUUGUAUAAAAAGCGAGAAAACACUGUACACGUCGAGUCGUUUCACAACGGCGUAUAAUUAUACCAGCUGUCAAGUAAUAAACGGUCCAAACAGAAA